UGUACUGUGACCAACUGCAAGUUUAUUUAAGGAGAAUAUUGUGGAAGUGAAGAAAGUUCAGUCGGGUUUCACAGGUUUUUGACGUUAAAUUCAUAGUUUAUCUUAAUGUAAACGUUGUAUGCGAGCACGUUCGACUAAUCAUGAAGGAAAAAUAGGUGUCUGGACGGGAGGCUAAGGUUAAGGAUCUUAAGUUUUUCCUGAGGAAGUGUGCGUGAUCGACCUUGACCAUGGGCAGCAGGGAGUCCGGAGAGACCACGCCCCUCUUGGACGGCUCGGGCGCCAGCGGGCGACCUGCGGCUUCUGUUUUUCAGGGCCGGAGGAUGGCAUGCGCAGCCGUCCUGCUGGCCGAGUCGCUGGAGCGUGUCGCCUUCUACAGCAUAACCUCAAACCUGGUGCUCUUCCUCAACGGAGGCCCCUUCUACUGGGAGGGUGCGCAGGCCAGUCAGGCGCCGCUCGUCUUCAUGGGUGUCACCUACCUGGUGUCCCCAUUUGGUGGCUGGCUGGCUGACGCCUGCCUCGGCAAGUUCACCACUAUUGCCUGCAGCCUUGUGCUGUACCUGACCGGCAUGCUCUUCUUCCCCUUUAUUGCCGACGAGAACUCGAGGAACUCGCUGUGCGGGAAGGAGAUGGCCUUCCCUGUGCAACCGCCAGAGUGCACUAAUGGCACUCCACCGAGUAACGUGUCCUGUCCCACCCGCGCACCCUACUGUGGGACGGUCAUCUACAGUAGCCUGGUGCUCGUCGCCUUGGGGGUGGGCACGUUGAAGUCCAACAUCACUCCUUUUGGGGCAGACCAGGUAAAAGACAGAGGCCCAGAAGCCACGCGGCGUUUCUUCAACUGGUUCUACUGGUGCAUCAACCUGGGGGCCAUUGUGUCCUUGGGCGGCGUGGCCUACAUCCAGCAGAACAUCAGCUUCAAGCCGGGCUUCAUCAUCCCAGCCGUGUGCCUCAGUGUCUCCCUGCUGGUGUUCCUCCUGGGCCGCGCAGUCUUUAUCACAAAGCCAGCCGAUGGCAGCGCCUUCACCGACAUGUUCCGCAUCCUCGGCUUUGCCUGCUGCUCAUCACAGAAGCCCAAGGAGCCCAGCCUGCUCCGCCCUCGGCCGACCCUGCUGGACAGCGCCAAGGUGACCUAUGGUGGGAAGUUUCCUGAGGAGAAGGUGGAGGAGUUUAAAGCCCUGAUGAAAAUCUUACCUGUCUUCCUGGCCCUCAUCCCCUACUGGACUGUGUACUUCCAGAUGCAGACGACAUACAUACUCCAGAGCUUGCACCUGAGGAUCCCAGAAUUCCCUGGGAACAGCACCUCGGAUAACAGUAACCCGCAGAAGGCCCUCUUCCGCUUCCCAGCCGCCUGGCUCACCAUGUUCGAUGCCGUGCUCAUCCUUAUGCUCAUCCCGCUCAAGGACAAGGUGGUUGACCCAAUCCUGCGGCGCAGGGGCCUCUUGCCCUCCUCCCUCAAGAGGAUUGCUGUGGGCAUGUUCUUCGUUAUGUGGUCCGCUGUGGCAGCAGGCAUCCUGGAGACCAAGCGGUUGGACAUCAUCAAGACCCGUGGCACUGUGGACCAGGUGAUCAGCGGGGUCACCUACUACGCUGCUGACUUGGCCAUCUGGUGGCAGAUCCCGCAGUACGUGCUUAUUGGCAUCAGCGAAAUCUUCGCCAGCAUUGCAGGUCUGGAGUUUGCCUACUCUGCUGCCCCCAAGUCCAUGCAGAGCGCCAUCAUGGGUCUUUUCUUCUUCUUCUCGGGUAUCGGCUCCUUCGUGGGCUCCGGCCUGUUGGCCCUCGUCUCGCUGCCCGGCAUUGGCUGGAUGUCCUCGCACAAGGACUUUGGAAACAUCAACGACUGCUCCCUGCACUACUACUUCUUCCUGUUGGCUGGAAUCCAGGGCGUCACGCUGCUCCUCUUCCUCAUCGUGUCCGUGAGGUACGACCAGCAGAGAGCGCGCUCCGGGAGCCAGAGGCAGGCCGCCACCACCCCCUCGUGACCUUGGACCCCCAAUAACCGUUUUCAUUUUUUUAAAAUAAAUUCUUGAAUAACUUCUAUAAUUCUAGUGUAAUGUGAGAAUCAAUGUUAAUUUGCAACAGCUGUUUAUCCAAAGUGAUGCAAUGAGACUGGUGUGAAACUUUCUGUAAUAUUACACAUGUAUGAACACCUCAUUUUUAAGAUGAUUCUCUAAAUUUACUUUUGGUUUCUUAGAUCUCCAUUUUUUUUGAUGGAUUAAUUUAAAACCGUUUUAUUCUGAUUUGAGGGUAGGCCAGGCAUUUUAAACAUUUCUUUGGACACUCGGAAUUUUUUAACAUGAGUUGUUAUUAAUGUAUAUUUAAGAGUAUGAAUCCUGAGUUUAUGCAUAUUAAUGCAAUUUGCUCUGGUGGGGACAUGAGCUUCAUCACUGGACUGAUUGCUCUGUAGAUUCCUCAUUUCCAUAUGUAAAUGAGCUGUGUGCCUCCGAAUUGAUGCUUCAUCGUAAGCGAACGCAGUAGUCGGUUCGCAGUUCCUUUCCGCAGCGAGACAUACAGGUGCCAUGUGACAGUGUGAACUCUUACCGAAUUAUGUUACAUGUGUGAGAGGCCCAUCGUGCCCUUUUCACUUCAGAGCCACAUAGAUGCCCCGUGGAGGCUCAACUGGAAUCGAUCCCCUCCUGUACUGUGUGUGUGUGUGUGUGUG